GUAGGGCCUCUCUUGAGCCAUGGGGAUGGAAGUACAUUGUGCGUGUGCGGAUGCGUGACAUUAUUCCGAGGAUGUGCCUUGUGUGUGUCAGCACUAACUCGCCUGUUAAACCUGUCGCAAUAAAUCCCAUUAAGUUUUGAUGAUAAUCUACAAGCCUUUCCUAAUUUUAGACAUCUUAGACAUGAGCUUACCAUCCUUUUAGAAAGGAAAGUUCAUGAUCUCAACGUGUGCCUCGCUAAAGUCUUAUCGGUGGAUCUGUUUUGUGCUUCAGAGCACCACAGGUGUCCCUUCGCCUCAGAAAUAGACAUUUUCCUCAAAUUUACUUUGAGCUCUGAUGUUCCUGUCUUAAUCUCACUCUGAUUGAGUUUAAUGGAGAGAGCGGUGAGUGAAGUGUGCCUGAUAUGGGAUGCCCCCUUUAGCUUCUGCCUCUCGGGGGGGAUUAUGUCGUCACGCUGGGCCCCGAGGCCAUUAUAAAUGCCCCCUAUGGCCCCUUUGUGGUCCGUCAGACCAGCUCUACUUGGUGUGGGCAGGAUAUGCUCCGUAACCUCUUCUGUGUCGCUCAACUAGAAUUAGCCCUGUAGAUUUAGCCUUUAGCAUCGAUGUUCAGGUCUCUCUGACAAAACCCUCCAAAUUUUCUUCGCGUACACACACAACCACACACACCUCAUGUUUCUUUAGCAGUCUGGGUGUUGUGCAGGCGAAGAGAAACAACACUGGCAGAGACGACCUGCGUGCGGCUACAUGUGUGACCGUUUACUCGCGGCUUCCCACACAGCCUUAGCUAACGGCUAGAUCUAUUAGGUGGACUUUCAUCACUAUUUUUGCCAUCAUUUCCCUUUUUUAUUUAUUGAUUUUGCGGCAGCUUCAGCUCAACUAGCUAAAGUCACACAGGAUUUAACUUUUUGUUUACUUGUUAACAAGGACGAUUGAUUUUUUCAAAGACACUUCUUUAGCCAUUUUUGCUAAUUCAAAAAAAGCUUCGGUUUUCGUUGUAGUUGGAUCUCAUUAGUCAUGAUGUGGGAGUUCCGCUCUAUGAUGUUCUGGCGGGCGGUGUUUGCUGAGUUUUUCGGCACCAUGUUCUUCGUGUUCUUCGGGAUGGGUGCAGCGCUGCGCUGGACCUCCGGGCCGUACCAUGUCUUUCACACUGCCCUCUGCUUCGGUUUUGCUGCUGCCACUCUAAUCCAAUCCAUCGGCCACAUCAGCGGAGGACACAUCAAUCCGGCCGUCACCUUCGCCUACUUAGUCGGCUCUCAGAUGUCCCUGUUCAGAGCUUUCUUCUACAUGUGUGCCCAGUGCCUGGGUGCCAUGGCAGGAGCCGCGGCCCUCUAUGGAGUUACACCCAACAACAUGAGAGGAACACUGGCACUUAACACGUUGCAGCCCGGCAUAAGUCUGGGAAUGGCGACCACAGUGGAGGUGUUUCUCACCAUGCAGUUGGUGGUCUGCGUCUUCGCCGUCACAGAUGAGAGACGAAAUGGGCGCCUGGGUUCUGCUGCUCUGUCCAUUGGCUUUUCUAUUACCAUGGGCCACCUGAUGGGGAUGUACUACACUGGCGCUGGUAUGAACCCAGCCAGGUCUUUCGCUCCUGCUGUUCUCAUGAGGAAUUUCAUCAACCACUGGGUGUACUGGGUGGGGCCCAUGAUUGGAGGCGCUAUGGGCGCCAUCCUGUAUGAUUUCAUGCUGUUUCCCCGUAUGCGGGGUUUCUCCGAGCGGCUAGCCACUCUCAAGGGCAGCCGACCCCCAGAGGCCGAAAACCAGCAGGACACCCGUGGGGAGCCCAUCGAGCUGAAGACUCAAACCCUAUAAACCUGCUAAGAACCUGUGGACCGAUCUGGCUCUACCUCACUGGACCAUCUCACCGCCCCAAGCAACAGCCAAUACACUUCAGUUAAAACAUACGUCAUGACAUCAAAAAGAAAAAGUAAUAGAAACCCACACAGAGGGUCGCAUAUCUACACUAAAAUCAUUAAGGUGGCUGAAAAAAGUACAGUACUCUGGCUAAUACUAUAGGUUUGUUGCUAAUAUCAGUGCAGGGCAGAGGGCGGUGCUGAGGCAGGGGUUCAGGUGGAUGUGGGCGGGGCUUAUGGUGUGGGAGGGGUUAGAGCAGUUUAUUUAGGCAUGCUUUUCACUUUUCAUCUGACUUCACUUUCACAAUUCAUUUUCAAUUUUGUUUUCUACAACACCAAGAAUUUGGAUGUAUGCAACUUAACCAGGGUUUCACAUUUUUUUUCCAGAAGAUUUUUAUUUUUAAUUUCCGUGAGAGUUCAUGUGGGUGUGCAAGUGAAUGCAACCGUGUGGGUCUUUGUGUGUGUGUGUGUGUGUGUGUGCGUGUGUGUGUGUGUGUGUGUGAGUGAGACAGAACAUGCACAGGUGUGUAGGCUACAUGUGUUUAGCUUGUGCAUGACCAAGUGUUUGUGUGUCUGUCACCUGAGCAUUUAUUUUGGGUUUUUAUCAUUACAGCUCGCUCGUGUUUGUACCAUGCUUAUGUUUAUUUCUUAUUUUUACGGGACUCUAUGACACCCCAAACUGUAUUGUUUGCAAUGAUAUUCCAUUCCUUUUAACUUUCACACAAACCACCCGUGGACUGAGCUGUUUUAAAGACACCGGUCCUUGCCACCAGUCUUUGCAAUUACUUCUCAAGUUUACAGUGUCUGUGUUGCCUUUCAUUAAAUCUUGUUUGAGGAUAACAUCCAUGACUGGGUAAAAAAAGCAAUAUGAAUCAUAUUUGAAUGCAAAUAAAUACAUGAAAAAGAAAA